AAACCCUAUAUUAUGAUGAUGAUGAUUUCAGAGGUCAAAACAAUACUGUGCGUGUAAGGUCGGUCGCUCUGUGAGUCAGUCAGUCCUAUGUAAGGCACCGUUACUCUGUUACAUAUACUACAAGGGGAUACGACCAAUUAUUUACCCUACAAUAAUAACCCCUCCUCGAUCCCCUUCCUCCCAGAUCGCGCCUCCCUUCGCCCCGCAUCCGCCCAUUCCUCCUCCUCCGGCGCGCGGGAAUCGGAUCGGAACAUGAGGAAGAGGGAGCGGGAGAACCCUUGCGGCGUCUGCGGCCACUACCACAAGUACGAGGAAGGCGAGGUCUGCCCAAUCUGCGGCCACCGUAUGGCCGGCGUCGACGAGAAGCCUUCCUCCUUCCACACCAGCGCCUUUCCUUCCGAGAUCCUGCCCGAGUUCCUCUUCCUGGGUAGCUACGAUAAUGCCUCCCGGGCAGAGCUUCUUAAGACCCAGGGGAUUUCUCGAGUUCUCAAUGUUAGUAUACCCACUCUUUCCAUCUAUUUACCAUCAGAUAUGAUUGGCUUUGAACUUAGGCAGUGUGUGGAUACUUGGAAUUCACUCCAAUUCUUGGAUUUCAAUUCUAAAAUUUGAAUUUUUUAUUUCAAAAUACAGUUUGUAAUUGAGCUUUGUUGGGAAUUAGAUGAACACAAAUCCACAAUUGUUUGGAUAUCCAAAUAUGUAAUUUGGGUCAAAUAUGAAUUCGAAAUACUCCGGGGUACAAAUUUAAGUUUUCAAACAGGCCAUUAAAUAAUUGUAGAAACAAGAGAAAAUUAGGGAAAUAGUUUGUUAUAUAAAGGAUCUGAAAUUUGUUUCUAAGCAUUCACUCUUUUCCCAAUUCUGGAUCUAAGAAGUGCUAGAUUUAUUUGCAUGCAUCACAUGGAUCUAAUACAUGCUUAAAUUUCAUUGCAUUCCCAAUUAUAGACAUAAGAAUUUUAGUUUCUAAUUUAGUUGAAAUUUGAAAAGACACUAGUGAAGAUGAGUAUUCAUAGUUGUGCAUUUUAUUGCUCCUUCGAUCAGCCUAAUUUUAUAUGAACUAUGUAGAAUACAUUUGGUUUACUCUUGCAGGUAUGUUGAGCAUCAUGCUGCUCCUUUAGGAGCAUUUACAAUGGUUAGUCUAAGAUAAAAUCAAGUGGUUGCUUAGAU